CAAACUGCUGCAGGUGCUCCACAUAAGGUGGGGCAAAAGAGACCAAACACCCUCCCCUUUGCGCCCGAGCUUCAGCGCGUCACUUCCCAUGGCGCCAAGCUUCCCAGCGCGUCACGUCCGACUGGGCUCGGCGCUGGCCGCGGUGGUGGUGAUGUUCGGCAGAAGCUUUGUGAACUUGCCGCAGGCGGGGAGAUCGGACUCGUCGCUGGUGCAGCGUCACGUGGACGUGCCGGGCGUGCGGCUUCGGGGGCUGGUGAAGAAGAGUCCUGGGCCGCCCAAGUACCACUUGCCCAUUGGCGGGCCGAACAUCACCAAGACCGCGGACUUGAUGGAGAUCCGGACGUCCUACGCGGUUGAGAAGGUUCAACGCGCCGAGGGUGAGAAGGAGGUGCUGCAAAGGUUGGCCAGUGGCCCAG